AUGUCGAUAACCGUGAAACAACUCAAUGCCGAAAAUGCACUCCUCCUCGUCUUCUCUCCCAAGGCGCACCCUCUCCCUCUAGAUCUUACUUCCGCAGCCGGCGCGGUGUCGGUACUCAUCGAUCCUUGGAACAAGAACCCCACUGUCGAUCCCACGGCUUGUUUUCCAGAGACUGAGCACAAAAACCGGGGCGCCGUUGAACACUGGUCAGAUCUUGAAGAGCCCGACGUGCUGAUCGUGUCGCACAAUAAGCUUGACCACCGUUACAAGGAGACUCUCGUCCGACUCCCUACAGAAGGGAAGACUAUCAUUGCGGCAGAACCGGGCGCCGCAAAGGUCAUCAAGAGCUGGAACCACUUUGACCCUGCACGAAUUCAUGCCCUACUCAAAUAUGAAUCCAAGGUCAAAUUUGGGCGCUCCUUGCGAGUCCCCAUUGCUCCCCUGUCGCCUCAAGGCUUCCCGGGAGAGCUGAACAUCGCAUUCAUUCCUGCGAAACGCUCCAGGACGGCUGUACACUACGCCAUUGGCGUCACAUACCAGCCACCCACGCACACGAGGAGCAUCGCACCAAUUGCAACAGUGGAUCUUCCGAAAACUACGAGAUACUUCCAUAUGCCCCUCAGUCCGUUGACUAUGCCUCCGUCGAGUCCCCCUGCACCUUUGACUCCUCUAGCCGAUCGACCUGUGUCUUUGGAUCUGCCGUCUCAUGCUCAGAGCUCUCCCCAAAGCCCGGAUGCGGCACCCUUCAAAGGACAUAGACCACGACUCUCUCGUUCAUCAAAUACUGCAUCGUCUGAAUUCCUCCCGGUGUCUGAACAGCCAGCUAUACAAACACGACCAGAUCCCGAAGCUGAAAAGGAGGAACUGGUACAAAAAAUCCUGACGAUCCCCCACCAGUCUGUGCUCUUGGAGAGUCCUUUCCAGUUCGAACUCGGCCCUGCACCCUUUACAUUUAUCAAUAAUCUCCCCACACCACCAGCUUCCCCUGUUCCAACCGCGGUGUCUUCUUUAUCAGGGUCGUCUCCAAACCUGUCGGCAACCUCUCGAAGUAGCACUCUCUACCAUCAUCGACACAGAUCUUCCGUGACAUCCCACCAGAAAUCUCUAUCAAGCGUCUCCUCCAUCCCGAAUCUUGCGCCCGUCACUCCCGCCCGUCCUAAAGCCGUCUCAGUCAUCUACUCGCCCCAUGGCGUCCCCCUGUCCGAUCUACAGCCUUACAUCCAGACCCAUCUCGUUCGACUGGCAGGGGCGCUACCUUUAACCUUACUGCUCCACUCCUUCGACUACGCACAGAAACCCUGGUACCUUGGCGGCAACGUUUUGGCCAGCAUGGACAGUGGAGCAGACAUCGCUCGCGCAUUGAUGGCUAGGUGCUGGAUCAGUGCGGACGAGCAACCAAAAGACACUUAUGGGACAGGCGUGAAGAAGCUACAGGUGAAGCGAAUCUCGGUGAAUGAGGUAAGGAGACAUCUAUGGGAAGGGGAGGACGGCGAAUGGCUCAAGAAACGAGGAUGGAACUGCGAUGUUCGGCGAGUGGCGGCUGGGAGAGAGGUCUUCAUUGGGCCGAGCCGAGAUCUCUGCUCAGGAAUGGAGGGGAAGAGGGACAGUCGAUUGUUACGAUUCAGCGGUGCGGGAGAGGAGAUGAUAUGA